GUCCUUUGUGCAGUGAAAGGGUUGCCGUAUCCCUUGAAGGGACGGGGUUGCGUAUAAAAGGACCAAACUCCAGCAAGGAGUCAUCAUUCGCAUCAUUUGCACCUCAACACCACCAACUAUCAAUCCACCCACAAACAAAUCUCAACAUCAAAAUGAAAUUCUUUGUCGUCUUCAGUGCCAUCCUCGCCACCUGCGCGGCCAACUCCUUCCUCGUCCGAGAGCCUUUCGUGGCCAUCAAGACCCUGCGACACGACAUGCACCCAUCCGGAGUCUACAACCUCCAUUCCGAGGGGGCGGACGGAACACUUUUCGUGGAAUCCGGCAAUGGCGCAAGCAAGACUGGUUCUUUCGGUUACACCAGCCCGGAAGGAAAACGUAUCUCUUUGACCUACGUGGCCGAUGAAUUCGGAUUCCGCCCAACUGGAGAUCAUCUCCCAGUGCCACCCCCAAUGCCCGAGGAGAUCCGUGCCAUGCUCCCAACACUCCCGAAGUUGGUUGAGGUGCCAGAAACACGUGUUUUUGCUGCCGUCCCCCCGACCUUCUUCCGCCACGAGCCACGCCCAAUCCUCAUCCGUGAAAGCUUCCCUGCUCCAGUCCUCCCCGUCCUCGGCCAGGAGCCCGCACCCACCAAGACCUUCGUCCAGACCAGCGACUACCUCAUCGACUCCUCCCCCGCCAAGACCAUCGUCAAGAUUGGACACUAAGAGCUGACCUUCCUGACCUCAUUCUGUCUGUAGUUUUCGCUGCUAUUGUCUGUGAUUAUCAGCGGCUGGACCGUUGAUUUCGACAUCUAAAAUACUUCUAUUCUUGACUCAAACGAGUUUAAAUACUUGAAUAAACCUCAUCACACCUGUUGCAAAUUAACCACUAAA